AUCCGAAAAAAGAGAAAGUUGAAUCGUUGUGCACCCGUGAAUUUUCAUGUGAAAAUGGAAAAUAAUUUAGGCACUGCCAUAGAAAAAAUUAAGAUACAGGAGCAAGAUAAAGAAGCUAAACUGCGGGAAAAACGAGAAUAUGAAGCAGCCGUGAACUUGUUGAAUCGUUCUAUUCGUGAAGCAUUAUUCCAAAUUGAAAAACAUCAAGAAGAAAUUAAAGAGUUGACUAAGGGAAACGAUCUACUAAAAGUUCAGUUGGAGGUGGAGCGCAUUAAACGUAGUGCAGUUGUGGCGCAGAUAGAGGCUUGUAAUAAAGAAAUAGAAGUUUUAAGAGCCCAGUCCGAUAAAGGUAUAUCAGAUGUAUGGUCUCUCCGGUCCUCCUUAUGCAAAUCAGUUCAGAAUGUCUCCGACGAGUGCGACGUGUGGGGUCUUUUAGUGAAGCCCAUAAACACUGAUCCAAUGCACUGGAUAGUGAAGAGACCUACCGAGAAUAAUGAAGAGGCGGAAUUUGAGGAACGUCUCAAACUAGCUAAAGAAAGACAUGAAAGGGCUGUGGUGGAGCGUGAGCGUUUGUUGACUGAACCUGAGAAGGGUGAAGAAUUUAAAAGGCAUGGUCGAAAUCUAAUAAUUUUAUAUUUAAAAAAAAUAUCUACUGUUGUCCUAGAGCCAACCCAGUGGGGGUGACCCCCGUGACCCCUCCCCCUGGACCCGCAAUUGUCCCCGUUACGCUACGGUCAGUUUGGGCGGGGACAAGCAUAGAUGAAGUAUGGGACAGGGAUAUUUACAAUUUUACACCAUAAACAAAAUGUCGAUCGAUACUUUACUACACGUUUAAAAAUAAAACAAAGUCCCCCGCCGCGUCUGUUUGUAUGUAUGUAAAGCGUGACCAGUAAUAUAUGAUCAUUGUCAAGAGGGCGCUGUUCUUUCUCAUGUAUAGGGUGACAGUUUAGUAUAGUAUGAAAAAAAUAGUUCCAGUGAAAUUCCGCAACAUGGCGCGUGAUCAUAUAUUCCUGGUCAGGCUUUAUGUAUGUUCGCGUUAAACUCAUCGCGGUUUUCACUUAUCAAUAGAGUGAGAGUGAGGAAGGUUUAGUUUAGGUGUAUAAUUUGUUACGAUUUUGUGUAACCCUUGCGAAGCCGGGGUGGUGGGUCGCUAGUCUUCUCUUCACAAUGGUUGACAUUUUUAUUUUACAGGAUUAAAAAUGCGCUUCGAUACUCGUUACAAAUGACUGCAAAUUUGCAGAAAGAGUAAAAAAAAUAUAAUUCAUACUUCAAAAGUUUACAACAUUAUCCAAGAAUCCGCAUAAAAAAAACAUGUCAAAUGACAUCUGUCAAUCAAUCCACACAAAAAAUCGCAUGGUUCUUUCUUUAUUUAUUUAUAAAAGGAUUGUUAAAUUUAUUCUUGAAAUGAUUCGCUACUUUCGUCUUUUAAGAGGCUGCAUCCAGCAGCAGCGAUCAAGUAGGAGCUUUAGUUCUAAAAUAGAAGCUAGUGAAAAUGAACCAAUCAAAUUCACCACAAGUGCUGCCGCUCAUAAGAAGACCAUUAGACCAGUUGCCAUAAAAUAUAAACCAU